AUACUAAUCAAUGUAUUUAUGAAUACAAAAGUGUUUACUAAAAAAACUACUGUAUUAUUGAAUUACAUUACAUUUGAUUGAACAGUGCGUUGAGUCCAACAAUCAGUUAUAAUAUAAUUGUUGUUUGUUUUGUCAAUCGUUUUGAUUAACCAUUAAUUGACACACUUUUGUACUUUUUGUAUGAAAUUGAUGUCAAAAACUGAUUGACUCAACACUAGAGUCCAAUUGAAUUGAAUGAUCAUUUGAUUGAAAUAUAACAUAUAUAUUAGCCAUCGUUUGUAGCGAUUCCUCCUGACUUUCAGAAGAUGAAGUGAUAGUCCAGUUGUGAUAUUGAUUUGUUUACUAUUUGUAGUAGUGAUCAAUAAGUGAGAUCAAUGUCAAAGACUAUAAUGUCCUCCAAUAAAGUCGGCUUUUGGGCCUCAGAGAAGAAGUGCCUAAAGAUCAAUGUCUCCGAAUUGGACAAGAAUUUUGCGGCGAAGGGCUUUGAGUUGGUUAAGAUGAAUCUGAAUGAACCGAUUGAAACUCAGGGACCCUUCGCUGCAAUUAUCCAUAAGUUGGCUGAUGUUAUGGUUAGGGCCCAACAGGACGACCCUUUGGCUCGCAAACAGAUUCAACUCUUUGAGGACUAUAUUAACAAUCACCCAGAAGUGGUAAUAUUAGAUCCAUUAGAUAAUGUCCGCAAACUAUUGGAUAGAUACCGACAAUACAAACUGAUUGAUGACAGUGAACUGGCCCGUGAAGAUGGUGUGUUUACCCCAACAUUUGUUGAGUUGACAUCAAACGAUGUAAAUGAAAAUCUAAAUAAAUUGAAGGCAGCGGUCGUUAGUUUUCCGUUUGUUUGCAAACCACUUGUGGCACAUGGAUCCACUUACGCCCAUCAGAUGUCUAUAAUAUUUGGCAAAUCAGGGCUCAAAACAAUAAGUCCUCACUGUGUCGCCCAAUCAUUUAUCAAUCAUAAUGCGCGACUCUUUAAGCUAUUUCUUAUCAAAGAUAAAUACUAUGUUAUUGAGAGGCCGUCACUCAAGAACUUUAAGCGCGGAGAUACCGAUUGCGAGACUGUUUUCUUUGACAGUCACGACAUUUCUAAACCUGACUCGUGCUGUGCUCUAACAGAAUUAGAUCCAACAGACCAGUCAUGUCAACCAAUACGUGAUCCUGAAAUGGAAAGACUCGACAGAAUUGUUAAAGUUGUUUCACAGAAAGUGGGUCUAACUUUGUUGGGCAUUGAUGUCAUCAUUGACAAUAUGACUGGUCGUUAUGCUAUUAUCGAUAUGAAUGCAUUUCCAGGUUAUGACGGCGUUGACUGUUUUCUUCAAACAUUGUGUGAUAUCACUGUUGAAGAAAUAGAGAAAAAGAGGCAAUCAUUGGGUUUAACGAACAUAAUUAACGAAUUAAGUGCCAGAAAUGAGAGAAAUGAUUAUUUAGAGACACAAACAAAGACUCAGUGCCUUUCAUUACAAUCUAAUAGCGAUAAGGACUGCAAUAAUACACAAUUGAAAUCUCCAAUGAUUGACAACAAAUCAAUUGAUGAAAGAAUAAGUUUAGUUAAGACAUCAUCGGUUGAGAAGAAUGAUAAGACUGUGAUCACAAAGACGGCACAAAAUGGCAAUGAUUUUGAUUCAGGAAUUGAUACGUCAGACUCUUGCGAUGAAAAGAAAUAUAAGAAGCAAUCGCAGGUCAAAGUUGUCCGCAGACAACACUCCCGAAGUUUGACUAAUUCCUCAAAUGUCAGAAUCGAUGAAAUAAAUUCCAUUUAAAGCUCUUUUUUAUUGAUUAUAUAUAUAUAUUGUAUUAUUUUUAUU